AUGUUCAAAAACAAUUGCAGUUCCCUGCUAUGCACCCUCUUUCAAAUCGUUCUUUCAUUAUGCUUGCUGCAAUCCACAUUGAUUGCGCCCGUAACAGCAGUCUCUAGCGUCCAACCAUCAGCUCCGGGCUUGUCAUUCCUCUACACAGCCUACGUGGAAUGCAAGGGCAACUUGAUGGAAGAAAACGGUCCCCACGGAGUCCGCAGAGCCAUCCCUAUCGUCGGAGGCAACUUCACCGGUCCUAGACUUUCCGGUAAAAUCCAGGACCUGGGUGCCGAUUGGGGAACCGUUGAUCCCAAAACCAAUGUAUUCUCCGCAGACACUCGGUACAACUUGAAGACGAACGAUGGCGCGGAUAUAUUUAUUCAAACAUCGGGCCCGAAAUCCCCCUCUGGCCAGCUGCACCUGCGGUUGGUCUUCGAGACUGGUAGUGAGAAGUAUUAUUGGUUGAACAACAUUGUUGCCAUUGGUAUUUUGACGCCAGUUCAGCGAUCGGACGAUUCUUCGGUGCUUCGGAUCGAUGCCUGGAAUUUUGCUUCGGACUGGAAUUCGACAUCCUGGGUAGAUAACAGUUGA